AUGCGCACCUCUUCGCUGCUGUUACUCGGACUUCUAAGCUUCGUGCUUCUGGCACAGCAUAUCAGCUGUGCGGCAAUCGAAAAGGAUGAUGAAUAUGACUAUGAAUAUGAUUCCAAAGAAGCAGAGGAUGAUACCGACGAUGUAGACGCAACAGGUGACGAAACCGACGAGGAUGAUAGUGCUAGCACUGAGGAUAACAGCAGCAGCAAUGCCAACGCAACCGAUACCACCACCCAAAGCACCAAUGAUGGAACCACAAACGGCAGCCAGACGACGGUAGAUACCGCGGAUGAAAGCAACGAAAGUGAUAAUGCCAGCGCUGAGGAUAACAACAACAGUGAUUCCAACGCAACCGAUACCACCAGCAACGUCAGCAAUGAUGAAGCCGAAACUGAAUAUGAUACCGAAGAGGGAGGUAGUGCUACCGGGGAUGAAGAAUAUUCUGAUUAUGAAGACAAUGAAGGUGAUGUUGCCAGCCCUGAGGAGGAAGAAGCAACCACUUUACGUACAUCAAGUCCAUCUGCCAAGCCGAACGCAGCAGGAAAGCGUAAACAACAGGCUAAACAGAACAAGCCCAGCCAGCAGGCCAAGCGCAAGCAGCAGAAUAAGCCUAAGCAGCAGUCUAAGCCUAAGCAGCAGGUCAAGCGUCCGGCUCAAAACAAGGCCAAGCCUCGUGCGCAGAAGCAAGCCCAGACCCAGAAGAAGGUGCAGGUUCAACGGAAGAAGCCCGUUCAGCGUCGCGGCUGA